GACGGACUUUAUUCCGUCCUCGCGCUCUGUGAAGGUCGCAGCCACGCGCUUCUGUAUUUGACAACGGGGACAAGAUUUUCACCUGAAGGAAUAUUUGUUGUUUUUUUUGUUGUUGUUGUUUUCAGCUGACAGGACACGUCGAACAUUUUGAAAAGAAAAAAGUUUGCAGUCAUUUGAAAGUUGUUUUCUCAUGUUACUGAAGGAGUAACUGGACCCGGGAGGAGACUUCAGGUGGAUUUUCACGAGCAGAGACCGGACACUCUCUUCACAACAAUUUCAUUUAGUUUUCUGGACAGCUUUACCUCAUUGUUAACGACUUUUGUAGCAUAUCUUAUAAUACGACUUUUGCUUCCUGUGGGGGAACACGCACUGCUUGCAAAAAUGUUACAGGGUCGUUAAAUUGAUUAGAACGUGCAGCACCGGAGAUGAACUUUCUCCGUAAUGAUUGCGCGAGCCUCACUGAAUGAUUGACAGCAGGCUCGACCUGUUGCACUUUGGACCUUUUGUGGAUUUACUACCUGGAGCUUCACUUGUUUUGUUUUUGUCAUAAAAAAAGGCUGAAAAGUUGAUUUUUUUUUUCUCUUGGAGAAGAAUCAAAUUUGGACAUCAUGCAUCACGUUUCGUUCGAUGAACUUAUAUGAAAAGCUCCAAUUUGACUUUUCCUGUUUUAUUGACUAUAAAUAAGUAAUCUUGGUCAUUUAUAUUCAUGGCAUCUACAGUGAGGCACGCGCGGCUCCUCCUGCUGCUCCUGCUGCUGUACUGGCCUCUUGGUCUCACCUCAGGAGCCUCCAAAGACCUGGUGUGUGAGCCCAUAACUGUUCCCAUGUGCAGGGGCAUCGGCUACAACCUGACCUACAUGCCUAACCAGUUCAACCACGACACCCAGGAGGAGGUAGGGCUGGAGGUGCACCAGUUCUGGCCCCUAGUCCGAAUCCGCUGCUCCCCAGACCUGCUCUUCUUUCUGUGCAGCAUGUACACCCCGAUCUGCCUGCCGGACUACAGGAAGCCCCUGCCGCCGUGCCGCUCCGUGUGUGAACGGGCCAAGCGAGGAUGCUCCCCUCUGAUGAGCCAGUACGGAUUCGAGUGGCCGGAGCGGAUGAGCUGUGAACAGCUGCCCCAGCAGGGUGAUGACGUCCUGUGCAUGGAACAGAACAGCAGCGAGACCACCACCCUGGCUCCGCUGUUCCCCAAGCCUACUUCUAAAAGUCGGACCAGAACCCUGAGUGCUCCCCAGUGUGACAGGGAGUGCCACUGUCGAGAUCCCCUUGUUCCCAUCAAGAGGGAGUCCUACACUCUGUACGGCCAGGUACCGACCGGCCCCCUCCCCAAUUGCGCCCAGCCCUGCCACCAGCCCUACUUCUCAACCGACGAACGCGCCUUCACCAGCUUCUGGAUUGGACUAUGGUCGGUGCUGUGCUUCGUCUCUACCCUGACCACCGUUGCCACCUUCCUCAUUGACAUGGAACGCUUCAAGUACCCCGAGAGACCCAUCAUCUUCCUGGCUACUUGCUACCUCUUUGUCUCUUUGGGGUACAUCAUCCGCCUGGUGGCCGGUCACGAGCGAGUGGCAUGUGGCGGUAGCAGCAGUGUUUCCAGCGACCAGCUGCACAUCCUCUACGACACUACCGGCCCCGCGCUCUGCACCCUCGUCUUCCUGUUGGUGUACUUCUUCGGCAUGGCCAGCUCCAUCUGGUGGGUGGUUCUGUCCUUCACCUGGUUCCUGGCUGCGGGGCUCAAGUGGGGCAGUGAGGCCAUCGCGGGAUACUCUCAGUACUUCCACCUCGCCGCCUGGCUCAUCCCGAGCAUCAAGACCAUCGUGGUCCUGGCCCUCAGCUCUGUCGACGGGGACUCUGUGGCUGGAAUCUGCUACGUGGGGAACCAGAGUUUGGAGAACCUGAGGGGAUUCGUGCUCGCGCCUCUUGUGGUGUACCUCUUCACCGGCUCGCUUUUCCUACUGGCUGGAUUUGUUUCUCUCUUCCGCAUCAGGAGCAUCAUCAAGCAAGGUGGCACCAAGACGGACAAACUGGAGCGGCUGAUGAUCCGCAUCGGGCUUUUCACGGUUCUGUACACCGUCCCUGCAACCAUUGUGGUGGCCUGCUUGGUCUACGAGCAGCACUACCGGCCCGGUUGGGAGCGAGCCCUGGCCUGCAUGUGUCCGUCCGAGCGUCAGCGUUUGGGCAUAGGCCCGGACUAUGCCGUGUUCAUGCUCAAGUACUUCAUGUGUUUAGUGGUGGGCAUCACCUCAGGGGUCUGGAUUUGGUCAGGAAAAACCCUGGAGUCCUGGAGGAGAUUUGUAGCUCGAUGCUGCCCCUGUUGGCCGCAGAAAGCCACUGCACCCCCAUCCAUGUACAGUGAAGUCAGUACUGCUUUAACUGGACAUACUGGGACUGGGCUUUCAUCAGGGAUCUACCAUAAAGCUGCUCCAUCACAUAUAUGAACUGACUGGCACCAGGAAAUGUUGUAAAGUCUGUACAGUCGCCUCUCUGAACACUCAGUGAUGAACUUAAAUAUCAAAACAACAAGAGUGUGAGUAUGGACAAACAUCUGCAGGACAACGUGCUCGUGUACCGCUCUGUGUUUUAAAGAAUGAUCAUGAGCAUAGGUAGAAAAAUGCACCAAAUAAUCCAGAGUCUAAAAAAGGGAAAAAAACAACCUGGAUAAUAGGGAUUUAAAAUAAGAAGAAUAUUUAUAAAAGAGCCUGACUUUUUGGGGAAACUGACUCCAAUUAUUGAAACAUUACAUUGAAACAUAUUACCGGAAAAAAAAGAACAAUCUUCAAAACCUCAGAAUAACACGGAUCCAUAAAGGAAAUAUCUUUUAUCCUGAGCACUGAGAGAAAAAAAAAGACAUAUUUAUUGAUGUAUAUAGUGUAUGAAUUUGCUGUAAAAAUGAAUAAAUUAGGUGUAAAGUACUUGUACUUUUCAGUUUCCAAACAACCAAUGUCACUGCCACAAGCUGGAGUAAGAAAAACCAAUCUUGUGUGAUUGUAUAAACUUGUACAUAAAUGUGCCGUUUCAUGUCAGUGUUUUUGACUUUGAUAUCAGGUGACUGCUGUGUGAUCACAAAGUGAACAUUUGUCUUUGUUUAGGUUCUUUAGACGUCGAAGUGAAACAGAUUUAUUUUUUAUAACUGAUAAUAUUAUCUGUUGUCAGGCUGCAUCACAUUUAAAAACCACUAAAGUCUGUUUCAGAAGAGUGAAUUUGUUCGGUCCAUGUUGUUUGAACUAACAAGACUGAUCAGGUUAAAGCUGCAGGAAGAUGAAUAAGAGUGGCUUUGACCCCUCCUGCUGGUGAACAGUGGACCUGCAGAUCAGUGUUUCGACCACAGACCUUCACCUGGAUCACAUUUUGAUCCAAAAUUUGUAUUUUAUUAGAAAAGCUGGUAAGAGGGAAAUCUUCCUUAAAAAAAAAAAUCACAUCAUUAUUUUUUAAUUAUUUCAAUGUUGACAACUCGGUCCUCCCAGACACAACGUCAAAGGCCUUUGAAAAGGUCCCUGGACCUCACUUUGAGAACCUCUGCUUUAUGUUUCCAGUACUUUCAUACCAUGGGCCCUGAACAGGCAGAUGUUGGUAAAUAAUUUGUUAACAUGAUCAACAAUUUCCAUCUAUAACUAAGAAUUGAGGCAACAUUAACUUCAAUUUUUGGAGAUGACACACAAACCAUUUAUGUCAGUGCUGCCUUCAAACACAUCAGGAUUUGUUACUUUUGAAAUAUUGCAAACUAUUUUUUUUCCGUGGUUUGGCAGCUGAUUGGACAAAAGAAGUGUUUUUAAAUGUCAGCUUUGGACGUUUGUCACAUUUUUUGACAAUCAACCAGCAUGAAUGGGCAUCUUGAAGGUCAUUUUAAAUCUUAGCAGCAGGGAUCUGUGGUCUACUCUUCAACAUGUAAACUUCACUGGACACUGACUUAAAGUACUAAAAGUCAAACUGUCUCAGAGUGAAUUUAAAAGAUAGAAUGUGUUUAAAAAUGUUUGACAUGUUGUGAUAUGUAAAACAUUGAGGCUUUUUAUUUUGCUCCGUCUCCGUGCUGUGAUGUUUUGAUUCAAUGUUGAUGUCCAGCUGUGUUUCUAAAGACUUCUGCGUCUGCAUGCUAGAUGAUACCUCUAAUUUAUUAGCCUGAUUUGAGUGAGUGACUGUGAUUGUGUGAGUGAUGCAGAAUGAAGUGUUGGUCAAAACUGGCAUUUUAGUGAUUUGUUUACAUGUAACUCUGUUUUCAUAUUGAUAGAACUCCUCAAAGGAUAUUAAAGUAUUGUAGAGUUGGAUCCAUUUUGUGGAAUUAAAACUGACCUGAGCCUGA